UCCGACUUCUGUUAAUCGCCAUAGAAGAAGAAGAAGCAGGAGGAAGAGGAAAAUGGCUGGGGUUGAUUUCGGUGAUCGUGAGCUGUUUCAGCAAAUAGAUGAUUCUGCGCCACUUGUGUCAACUCACGUUCGCUUCACAGAUGCGGAGGACGACCAGGAGGAGCUUUGUCGCCUUCGCGAGCGGCUGGAAGAGUGUGAGGAUCGAAUCCAGAGACUGAAUGACGAUAAUCAAGCUUUAAGGCGAAAAAUGAAUAUUCUGAUACGACCGAGCGGCAUCACAGUUCAAGAUGUCGGUAUCGAUGGACCAGUUGUUCAGAUCCUUUAUGCAAAUAACCUUAUUUCAAAGCAGGGUCGUCAAGAAAUUGAAGAUUGCAUCUGCAGUGUGAUUUUGAAACAUCAGAACCAGGGCCCCCCAAAGCAAAAGUCUUCCUUCCACUUGAAACCUCAGAAUUCAUCUUUUGCAAUGGAGGAAGAUGAACAGAAGAAGUCUUGCAGCAGUGUGAGAACAACAACUGAAGCUUUUAAGGUGGUGGGAAGUGUACUAUAUUUCACGACUUUUUGUCUUGAUAGGCUUGGACAACCUCUACUGAAUGAAAACCCUCAACUGACAGAUGGAUGGGAUGUCCCAGUAUAUCACCAGGUUUUCAAUCAAGUCAGUGGUACAGAUGGACAAGAGAUAGAAAUGAAGGAUAAAAGACCCAAGUCUCUAUGUUUCAACUGUGGUUCAGUUGGUCAUCAGUUGAGAGACUGUACCAAGCCUAAAGACAUGGCUGCAAUUAAUGAGAGACGAAGGGAGUUUUCUGAGAACAGCCUUGCCACCCAGGGUAACCAGCGAUACCAUGCUGAGGAAGUAGAGGAACGGUUUGCUAAAUACAAACCUGGUGUUAUGAGUGAGGAGCUAUUGGCAGCACUUGGACUUGAUGGCCACACUCUGCCGCCUCUGAUUUACCGCAUGAGACAGUUAGGCUAUCCACCAGGUUGGCUUAAAGAGGCAGAGAUGCAAAACUCCGGUUUAACAUUGUAUGAUGGAAAUGCUGCAGAUGAUGGGGCAACAGCAAAUAUGCGAAAAGUCUCUUAUGACGUUUCCAAGCUGAUAGAUUUUCCAGGCUUCAAUGUACCAGCACCACAAAUGAAAGAUGAGUUCCUGCAGUAUGGCUCCAUUUGUAUGCAAGACCAACACAUGAAGCAUAACUUAGCUGCGUACCUGUCCCACAAUUUUCCCACGCUUGGUGUUGCCUGCAACAAGAGACAAGACUUGGACCCAAGUCCGCAACUCAGGAAGAAAAUUAGGCCCAGUCCUUAUCAGACUCCAGAUGGCUCAGAUAUGGAUAUCGAAUCAGAUCCAGGAACAUUUUACUAUAAUCGUGGGCCAGGUGAAUUCCAGUUCCAGCCUCCUCUUCCACCUGGUUCUCCUGGUUUCAGCACACCACCACCAUUACCAAAAGGCACUCCCCCUGCUACACCCACUCACCCAAGUCUUCCUAAACAUACACCGCCUCACAUGCCCACUAUUGGCUCUUCAACUCCACAUAGCAUUGUAUCCACAGUAUCUGAUGAGGGGGAAGAAGGAAUUGAGGAUGACCUGACUCUAGAGCAACUUGAGGAGCAGCAGAGACAGAUCUGGGCAGCUCUCGAAAAUGCUGACACAGCUACCAAUAGUGAUUGUGAGACACCUACCAUCGGCACACCUUUACCUAGAUCACCAAGCAUGGCCACGCCUGCACAUGGCCAUGCUGAAGUAGAUGAGGUUGUGGAUACAGUGGAACCAACGCAAUCCAUAAACCAAAGGGAACCUGGGAUUCAAGAGGUUAAUUCUCAGAACUGUGGACAGAUAGAGCCCCAGGAAGAUGACCCUCAAACCUCUGAACCUGUUAAGUCUCAGGAUGACGGUCAACAAAGUGUCAGCCCAAUCAGAAGCCAGAAUGAAGGUGUGCAAAACCCUGAUCCAGUCAGAUUCCAUAAUGACACUCCUCAAAGCCCUAAUCCAGAUCUCGCUAAUGAAAGUGCUGGAGAAUCUCGUUCUAAGUAUGAUGAGAGAGUAACAGCUGUUCCCCAUCGAAGCAGGUUUGCAGCUGGCAUAGUGCCAUUUGAAGAUACGCCAGAAUAUACUGAAGUUGCUGAGGCCACUGGGCUGUACCUUAGGAUCAGAGACUUGCUUAAAAAUUCACCUAGAAAUUUCUCCAAGAAAAAAUGAUGGUUGUCUGAGUUGUAAUGGAGGAAAUCCUGUAUAUUCUAAAAAUGGUAACUACAGAGUGUAUUACAGCAGUUGUUUUUUUUCCCACCCUCAUGACUAUCUUGUCGAACAAGGUUGUAGUUUUAUUUUAAUUUGCACCAAGCUGAAGGUGGCCAGGUUAUUGAUCAAACAUAUGCAAUGAGGAAGGGGUGUGGAAUUUUGUAACUGCAGUGUUUGUAAGCUUUGACCUGACCAUUGAACAUUUUGGUCUGAAAGUUUUGUAACUGUUAACUGCACUGUUUAUCUUUUAUGGCGUCUAAAAUGGACAUCUUCUGACUGUUUUUUCAUGUGUAUAUUGCUUUUUCUUAAAUUCUAAUCUAAACU